GUGCUUUUUUUUGGGGCGGAUUAUCCAAACUUGGAAUUCGUCGUAAUACGCCCACGUGCCCACUACUUGUUUGUGAUUGAAAAAAAAAAGUCAAGGAAGAAGAGAGAAGAGCCUGCUUUUUGUUGUUGUUUUUGUGAGGCAUGAUGAAUUGAGGAAAUGGAAAUACACAUUUCACACGGAUUCAUCGGCUGAUGGAGAUGCUUAUCGGAGCGAAGGAGCCAGCUUCUAGCUUCUAGGAACCUAGAUUUAGCGUCGGCGAAUGAAAAAGAAGAAUUGACGGGCGGGAAGAAGAAGUAGCUCAGUGUAAUUAAUCGCGUGUAGCCCAAAUGAACGAUAAUGGGAACCCUCAGGAGAGUGCCAGCGACUCAGACGAUGAAGAUUCCCACCGGCGACGGCGGCCAGAAAUAGCCGCGAAUUGAACAGUGAACUGUGCGCGAUCGUAAAGAGUCGCACGCGGAAUGUAAUGUGCUGUGAUAUACAGUCAGUGUGCAUAUAAAGAUUGUCCCGAAAAUAUAAACAAAUAAAUAUUCUCCGUUUAGUGUUUGUUGAAGAAAGGAAGAGUGUUGCGUCGAGAUGUUCUCCUCGGCGAACGCGGCCGUCGCCGACGUGAAGAAGUCAAACUGGUUCUCGUCGUUGCGGCGACAACCGAAGCCCAAGAAGACAGCGCAGGUCGCUGAAAGCUUGACCCAGAAGAGUUGCGUCGAUCUGACGUCCAGCAGUCUGUUCCAGGCCGCCGAUCCGUCCGGAGAAGCCGCCGUCCAACCUAGUCCCCCCGAAGUGAUCAAUCCCGCCCAGGAACGACCCUCCGUCUGUACCUGCGAGUGGGUCAAGCUCAACCCUUCACCGCCGUCCCUAUCUCCAUCGUCCGAAACGCACGAAUCGUCCUCGUCUUCCUCCGCGGCCACCAUCACCACGACCGUGGCGCGCAGUUUACGAAGUCACCACCACACCUAUCAACCCCUUCCAACGGCCUCCUCCGAGGACAACCUCACCAGUGAUAGCGCGAACGAUCUCAAAGAUCUGGCGCUGGCCGCCAACGCCAACACCACAAGCAGUCUCCGGAGAAGGCCCCGCCGCAAGGAACAACUCCUCACCUCCACAACCGUAACCACCGUCACCAAAACAACAGUCAUCAACAAACAGAAAACCUACCGCGUCGGCCUCAUCUUCAGCGACGCCGGCGAACUCCUCAACAGCAGUCUCGACCUGCGACAGCUCCUAGAAGAGAACAAACAGGCCCAACUCCUGGACCUCGCCAGCAGCAGCAGCAGCACAAGUGCCAACUCCGAAGUCAACAACAACCGCAAACCGUUGCGACAGUUCAGCAUCCUGGACGACAGCAACUUUGACUUUAUCGACGAUAGUGCGGACCUGUUCAACCGGAACUACUCGGGGAACAACGCCAUCGCCGGCCUGCAGCACGCCAACUCGGCCAGCUCGACGCCAAAGGUUCUGCGCAAGUGCAACAACUGCAAGAACAAAUCCAAUCUAGUCUACAAGCGGAGCUCUAGCUCUCCGCACCGGAAUAAGCAAAUCAACGAUGAGCUGAACGAGGUCGAGUCGGAGAUGAGGGCCCACGAGAACAAGGAGGAGAACAAACAUUCCAAUAAGGAUAAGCAGAUGGCGCUCGGGCGCAAAAAGUUCAACAUGGAUCCAAAGAAAGGCAUUGAAUUUUUGUACGAGAAUCAGCUUUUGAAGAUGGACCCACACGACGUAGCUCAAUUUUUAUACAAAGGAGAAGGACUCAACAAAACAGCAAUUGGCGAUUAUCUCGGCGAAAAGAACGACUUCAACGAGCAGGUGCUGAAGGCGUUUGUGGAUCUGCACGAUUUCAGCAAUUUGAUCCUCGUGCAAGCAUUGAGACAAUUCCUGUGGUCGUUCCGGCUGCCGGGAGAGGCGCAGAAGAUUGACCGGAUGAUGGAAUGCUUUGCCCAGCGGUACUGCCAGCUGAAUCCGGACAUUUUCACCAACACCGACACCUGCUACGUGCUGAGCUUUGCCAUCAUUAUGCUGAACACGUCGUUGCAUAAUCCAUCGGUAAAAGAGAAACCAACUGUUGAGCAAUUUAUAUCAAUGAAUAGAGGCAUCAACAAUGGCGGAGAUUUACCGAGAGAAUUGCUUGAGUCUCUGUAUGAAUCCAUUCGGACAGAGCCGUUCAAGAUACCGCAGGACGACGGCAACGACCUGAUGCAUACGUUCUUCAACCCGGACAAGGAGGGCUGGCUGUGGAAGCAGGGAGGAAGAUACAAAUCGUGGAAGCGACGAUGGUUCAUCCUGAACGAUAAUUGUUUGUACUACUUUGAAUACACCACCGACAAGGAGCCGCGGGGAAUUAUCCCGCUCGAAAAUAUUGCGGUCCGCGAGGUGCAGGACCGCAGCAAGCAGUUCUGCUUCGAGCUGCACGCCAGCGGCGGCGCCGAAAUCAUCAAGGCCUGCAAGACGGACUCGGAGGGCAAGGUGGUCGAGGGUAAGCACACCGUGUACCGGAUGUCCGCGGCCAGCGAGGAGGAGCAGCGCGAGUGGAUCAAGUGUCUCAACCAGUCCAUCAGCCACAAUCCGUUCCACGACAUUCUAGUGCAAAGGAAGAAGAAAGCCCUCGCGAAAAGUUAGUUAGCGCUGUCGUGUUUGAAAAAUUAGAUUAACCUUUAGUUUUUCAAAAGCUCUCCGGGCAAACACACACACACACACAUAUGAACGCAUACUAAAAGCUACUUGAUACUACUCUCUAACUUUGUGUGUGCGAAAUGCUGAAUCUCAGAAAAAAAACAAACAAUUGCGUGUGUGUUACUAUUCUCCUCUUUGCCCCAUUUUCCCGCGUUGAAUGUGAGUGUGCGAUUUGUGCUAAUAACCGAAGAGAGAGGGAGAGCGCGGAUCUUUUUGGCAUUCUCCAGCAAAACAUUCAAAGUCAACGGACGAUGUGAAAAAAAUAAUCGAGAAACAAAAAAAAACAAUGCUGAAAAUGUCUGAAAAAUCAAAACUAAAACUAAUUUUCUACAUACAUAUUAUACACGCAUCCCCCUUCAUAUCA